UCACAGCCCCUCUACAGUAGAGGUGGGCUCUGCGCGGCGGGCCGUUUGCCGUUUUGAGUCCGCCCCCAUCCUGAAUCCUGACCCCCGCCGGCCCUCGCCUGACGAGUGACGACCGCCCAAUGGACUCUCCCGGCCGGCCCCGCCGCUCUCCGCCCGCCGACCGUUUCCUCGGCCUCUUCUCCUCCCCGUCCCACUCCCUCGCCGCUUCCUCGCCCUCCGCCGGGGACGAGCUCCUCGAGGGCGACCUCCUCUUCCCCGCGCCGCCCUCCUCCACGGACCCGCCGCCCGACGCCUCCAAGAACCCCCACCUCGGCCUGCUCGCCGCGCUCCACGAAGGCGACAGGAAGGUACGUGGGCGCGGCGGAGCUGCUGCUGUGGCCGCGUCGACGGCCACGGCUGGAGCCUCCGGGACUCUGCUCCGCCGCAAAGCGACCAUCGCCGCGGCCGCGGCCGCGGCGUCGGCUUCCUCCGUUACGCCUUCACUGUCCCCGACGUCCGCCUCGCGUGCCAUACCGGUGGCACCGAGGCCAAGGGACCCUGAGCUGCCGCCCGCGGCGCCGUACCACCAGUCGGCUCCCGUCCUGGUUCCCGUCCCUCCGCCCUGGAGUCGCGGGCGCAAAUGGGACAAACUCGCCGACGGGGACGACGACGAUGAGGAGCUCUUUCAUGGGGACGCCGCCAUGCUACCCCCGCACGAGAUGGUGGCGCGCGCGUCCGCGGGCGCCGGCUACGCUUCCCCAGGGAAACCGUCCUCGAUGCUGGAGGGCGUCGGCCGCACGCUCAAGGGACGCGACCUCCGCCGCGUUCGCGACGCCGUGCUCCGGCAGACUGGCUUUCUUGACUGAAUCCGGCAAAGGUGGUAAUAUGUUUUUUUCCCUGCAUGAUCUAGUAGGAAAGAUGAAACAAGAAAUUACGGUUAGCUUGUGGUCCAAACUACUUGCAGUUUUCGUGUUCUUGGAGAUAUGCGGUGCGAGAUCAUCACUUGCCGAAACUUAAUAAUAGAUGAGUAGUGAGGAUUAGUGUUUAGGGUCAGGGAGCUCUCUCUCUGCAGCUAAGGAGAGGGAGCAAAGCUUGAGAGGAUGUUUGGUGAUUUUUGUCAAUCCAAAUGUCCAAGCCAAUGCAUUGUCUGCUGCAUCAGAAUUUUGCUUUGUGAAAUCUUGAGUUAAAAUAAACUUGAGGAUUUUGGUACUCUACUACUUUUUUUUUUUGUUCCUAGCAAGGUGCAUGUGUUGUAAUAGGCAAAAAUUAUGCUCUCCAGUUGGAAGAGAUGAGUGGAAACUAUACUAUACCUAUAUUUUUUUGGUUU